AUGGCGGACGAGGAGCUGGAGGCGCUGCGGCAGCAGCGGCUGGCCGAGCUGCAGGCCAAGCACGGGGAUCCUUCUGGUGAUCCAUCGCAACAGGAGGCAAAACAGAGGGAAGCAGAGAUAAGAAAUACUAUUUUAGCUCAAGUUCUUGAUCAAGCAGCUCGUGCAAGAUUAAGCAAUUUAGCACUUGUGAAACCAGACAAAGCAAAAGCAGUAGAGAAUUAUCUUAUACAGAUGGCAAGAUUUGGACAGCUAGCUGGAAAGGUAUCUGAACAAGGUUUGAUAGAAAUACUUGAAAAAGUGAGUCAGCAAACAGAAAAGAAAACAACAGUAAAGUUUAACAGAAGAAAAGUAUUGGAUUCUGAUGAAGAGGAUGAUUAUUAAUACUACUGUAAGACUGUCUGCCAAACAAAAGGCCUGGAAAAAGGCAACAUGCUGUUAUCAGGCAGAAUGCAAGAUCUAAAAAUGUUUACGCUUCUUUACUUUUUUUUUUAAUAAAAAGGCCAACAAAUGAACUUGUCUUGUAAAAUAAAUCUGAGAAGGGGAUUUUAUAACUUAAAUUUUUGUAGUAUAAGAGGCCUGAGCAGUGUGGGGUUCCCCACUGCUUCAUUAGCAUGAACAUUUUGUUGCCCCCUACUCAGUGUGUAAGCUAUGCUUUCAGCAACUGCACACACUUAACUUGCUGCUGUUGGAGAUACUGUAAUACGAGGAGGAGCUAAGUGUAAAGCUGAGAACAGCCACUCUGUCUAGGAGUUUAAAGACUUACCUCCAGGCUCUAAAUCACAGAAGUGUUAGAAAGGAGAUUUCCUGAGCCUCUGAAGGAAGCCUAUCCAGAAGCUUGCUGGUUCUCAAGUCCUUACUGGAAAUUUAUAAAAUAAAGGUAUUAAAGUAGGGUUUGGAUCAGAGGACUUCAUAUCAGGCAGUCUGUGUAAAGAAAUUGUAACCAGCAUACAAUUCAACCAUUCCCCUAUGAAAUAAUCAAGCUAUCUCAAAAAAAGCAAGUUAACUGUGUAAUACAGCACUGUUCAGACACUUGGUAUCGUAUAUUCUUAAAACUACCUCCAUUUUUAUCAAAUGGCUGGAGUGUUUCUUACCUUGAAAAAAAAAAAAAAGACCAUUUUCCUAAACUUUCUGCAACUCCUGCAUGCAUAAAGUAAAACUGAACUUGUGCUAUAUGUUUAUUCAAAAAUAUAGUUACGGAAAUAAGUAGGAUAAAUACUGUAACAUGCUGAUAAACACUCUACCACCACAAAACCCUUUUCUGACAUAAUUUAACAGGAACAUGUAUGAUCCCAACUGCUAUGUUUUUUGGAACAGAAUAAAAUUGUUUAAAUGGAGCACUAGUGGGCGUUUUUCAUCUUGUGUGAAUGUGGUUAAAGUAUUUAAACAGUUGUUAUUUUUGUUUCAUUUGGACCAGACUGGGCACUUUGCUUGU